AUGGAUUCCCGGGAAAGAGGGAAGACUUGCGCGGAUGAAGAGGGUUUCUUGCUGGGAGAGGUGAAACAAGAGGAGACCUUUAGCAUCAGUGACUCACAGAUCAGCAACACAGAAUUUCUGCAAGUAAUUGAAAUCCAUAACCAUCAGCCUUGUUCAAAACUGUUUAGUUUCUAUGACUACGCCAGCAAAGUAAAUGAAGAGCGUUUGGACAGGAUUCUGAAGGAGCACAGAAAGAAAGUCAUUGGCUGGUACCGAUUUCGGCGGAAUACGCAGCAGCAAAUGUCCUACAGAGAGCAGCUUCUCCACAAACAGCUCACCAGGAUCCUGGGUGUGCCAGACCUCGUCUUCCUGCUCUUCAGCUUCAUCUCCACCGCCAACAGCUCCACCCAUGCUUUAGAAUACGUCCUCUUCAGGCCAAACCGGAGGUAUAACCAGAGGCUGUCGCUUGCCAUUCCCAACCUCGGCAAUACCAGCCAGCAAGAGUACAAAGUGUCUUCAGUGCCAAACACCUCGCAGAGCUACGCCAAAGUGAUUAAAGAGCACGGGACGGACUUCUUCGACAAGGACGGAGUCAUGAAGGACAUCAGGGCCAUCUACCAGGUUUAUAACGCGCUCCAAGAGAAAGUGCAGGCAGUGUGCGCAGAUGUGGAGAAGAGUGAGCAGGUUGUCGAGGCUUGUCAGGCAGAGGUGAACAAAUUGAAAAGACAGAUCACUCAGAGGAAAACGGAAAAGGAACAAGAAAAGCGCGUGCAGCAGGCCCUGCUGAGCAGACAGCUGCCGGCUGACGCUCCAGAGCCGGGGGUCAGCCCGCGGACGCCCUACUCAGGGUUCGCAGCCGAAGGCAGAAGCACACUUGGAGAUGCCGAGGCCUCUGACCCGCCUCCUCCUUACUCUGAUUUUCACCCCAACAAUCAGGAAAGCACUUCGAGCCAUUCCGCCUUUAUGCCUCGUCCUCAGGCCGUGGGCUCCUCCAACUCUGCGUCCACCAGCGGAGGGCUCAAGUCCCCCUCGAGUGGAGCGGACCUCCCUCCUUCCCAAAGAACAGCGGGGGACAGCGUGGACGGGUCCGACGACAGUGACUACGAGAAUCUGAUGGAGCCCACAGAGCCCGCCCACAGCGACUACUCCCCGAAUUCCCGGGAGUCGAGGCCCCUGGCACAUCCUGAUGGGGACUCCAGGAACACUCAGCCCUCCCAGAUGUAGCGACACAAGAGCACUCUCCACGCCACGCUCCCUUUCUUACUGCUGAUUGAGAGAGACCCGAGGACUGAGUCUGAGGGACCCUUGGCCUUGGGGCUCAGUCCCCCUGCCCCAAACUAGCUGGAGGCCAGGGCCUGCCCGCUGCUCCUGGCUGGUCAGGCGGUGAGCCAGAUUCUUGGCCGAAUCAGGGCGAUGAUCACAGGGACUCGUUCUGGUGUGCUUCUUGGCUGUCCUGGUAAAUUUAGGCCCCAGUGAAACGACCUGAGUCGUUUCAGUUCCGGACAGCAAACAGGCAGCCGGAGACUAAGCACAAUUAGUCUAUGAAUCGUCCUUGGAUCAGAACUUACCUCUCCCACGAGCACGCCUCCACGUUUACUUUCUCAGAGGGAAGCGAGCUCCACAGCAGCCUCAGAGCGCUGCUUCCCGCGGUGAGCCAAAUCUGUCUUUGCCAGAAAGGGACUGUUGAUAAUACCCAGAAGCCUGGCUGGCCCACCGGCCCCCUCCCGUCUGCAUGGCUCUGUGAGGUUCAAAGAGAGGGCUCUGUGGCCGCUUUCAUUUUUCUACUCACCUGAUAUGUAUUGUCCCUCAAAAUGGUUGCCUUUAAAAUUUUCAGAAAAAUUAAAACAUGUAGAAAUACUAACUACCAGUCAGUAAUCAUCCAAAUAAGUAUGUCAUAUAAUAAAUGAAUUAUUUUUCUCUCAGUGGGUGACAGUGGCAACUGUUGCACCAGUCACAUCUCUGGCUGCUGGUCCGGAGCCUGGAACUCGGGUCACAGGAAGGAGUCCGGGACCACACCCGGACUCGCGACGAGCCAAUUCCAGACGCAGUGGACUUAGUACGUCAGGGACACAACUCACGUAGCUCUUCUGACAAACCCUCCCUUUGGUUUGGUUUGUGGAAGAAACACAUUUUCAUAAACUGUGUGGGAAUCUUGGUGAAUAAAGAUUGGUUUUAAAUCUGAA